AUGACUUAUAGUUCAAGAAUAAUUUUACCUUUUGCGUUAUGGUCUGAAACACCUCCAUCAUUAUCUGUAUCAUCAUUGUUUAUAAAUUCCGCAAGUGAUGAUCUUAUUACGGGUACAAAUGAUGGUUUUAUCGUCUGUUGGAAAAUCGUUGCAGAUCAUCAAAAAAUCAUUCCAAGAUUAAUGUUAAUUGGUCAUACAAAUCAAGUAUCAUUUAUUGUUGGUUCAACAUUAAAUCAUAAACUCGAUCAGUUUGUUAGUAUUUCAGAUAAUGAUGGACAAAUUAAAUUAUGGAAUAAUGAAGAUGGUCGAUGUAUCGAACAUACACGAACUAAUCUUAAACAUCGUUCAGUUCAAUGUUUUAAUUAUCAAUUAACAAAUGAAAAUUUUCUUAUAUGUUGUGGGUGUUAUUCAGAAAUUCUUAUUUAUGAUAUGCGUACACUUGAAAUGAAAUUUACACUUACACCUUCGCAUGUUGACGGAGAUUGGAUAUCAACAUUUUUUAUUUUACAAAAAGCGAAUGCGCCAGAUGUUAUUAUUACUAUUGGAUUACUUGAUAGUGGUUGUGUAAAAUUAUGGGCAUUUGAUCCUCGUACAGUAACAUCGAAUACUGCUAUUGAAGGUACAAGCGUAGGAAAUAAUAAUAGUAUUAUACCAAUUGAUCUUAAAGAACAUGAAAGUAAAGAAAUUCGAACACAAUUUGGUUCACUUAUUGUACCUUGUGAAGAAUGUCAAAGAAUGAUGCUUAUUGUUCAUGGUAAAGGUUGGCAAAUUUUUGAUGGAAUUGAUUUUACAGAAUUAUGUUCAUAUACAAUGAAUGAUAAAGAAAUGGUUAAAAAUGAACAUUGGAUACAUGGACAUUUUCCAACAUCAGAUUUAGUUAUACUUUUUUCAGCUCGAGGCUAUGCACAUGUUUUUCGACUUCCAGAAAAUGCGACAUUUGCAAAUCCAAAAUUUCGUUCCCAACAUAAUAAAACAGAUAUGCAAUUACCACAAUGGUUAUGUAGAUUAAAUGUUGGAAAUGAAUUAAAAUUAGCUCAGACACCCAUUUAUUUUUGCCAUACAAAAUUAAAACAAUGCCAUGUUUAUCGAGCUGAUACUUCUGGUCAAAUAUCUGUUUGGAAUAUAAAUUUAACACAAUUUUCCGCAACUCAUGAUAUAAUACCAACAUGGACAGUUUCUUAUGCAGAUGUUUGGGCAGAUGCAUUAAAAAAUGUUCAUACUAUACGAAGAGUUUUAAAUGAUAUAUUACCAAAGGAAGUGAAUAAAUUAACAGCAUCAUGUCAUAUGAUUACAAUGGAUCGUCUUGCAUUUGGAACUGAUACUGGACAAAUUUAUAUAGUUCCAGCAUUGAAACUUAUUUCAUAUCUUUUUAUAGAUAUUGAUGCUAAUAAAGAAAAUUUUGAAAGUCAAACACUUAGUGGUCAUAAUCAAACAAUAACAUGUUUAAUUCAUCCUCAUAGUGAAUAUUCACGUUAUGAUAUUCAACAUUUAUUAAGUGGUAGUAUUGAUCAUUCUAUACGUUUAUGGGAUUUAUCAACUGGUACACAAUUACAUAUGUUUACUGUUCAUUCCGGAUCUAUUCUUAUGUUUCACAUUCCACCACCAAUGCUUAAUGUAAAAGUGCAAUAUUGUAUAUGUUCUAUAGCUAAUGAUCAUAGUGUAGCAUUGCUAAAUUUAAAAGAACGUAAGACUGUUCUAUUAGCAAAUCGGCAAUCGUAUCCUGUUGUUGGACUUCGUUGGAGGAUAAAUGAUGAUUUUUUAUUAAUAAGAUGUUCAGAUGGAAGUUUAUAUGUUUGGCAAAUUGAAACAGGAAAUCUUGAUCGUGUUGCAAAUGGUGUUUUAGCUGAUGAAUUAUUUGAAUGGUAUAAUGAUCCAAGAAUACUUAGUGCUACUGGUGAUCUUCAAAAUGAUCCAAUAUCAACAGCAAUGACAUCAGCACAUUAUCUUCAAAUACGAUCAACUUGGAAAAGACGAGAUUAUGAUCAAAUUAGAAAAUUAAAUAGAAAAUUUGGUGGUCCACGUCAUGAUUUAAUGGGUACAUCAUCAUUUAAACAUACAGAAUAUCGUCUACCAAUUGUAAUUCAACAAUUUCAUACAAAUCUUGGCGAUGAUUUAUCAAUGCUUAUUCUUUUUGAUUUACUUCAAUUAAUCAGUCAAAUAAUUGUAUUCGAUCUUGAAAAACAACACGCUCAAAAUCCUAAAUAUAUCGAAAUAGCAAAUAAAGAUACUCGUGCACAAUUAACUCAAACAUCGAAAUCAUUAGCUAUGGUAUCGAAUUUUCUUGUUUCAUUACUACAUCCAUGGUCAUUUGAUAAAAAUAUGGAUAAAGUUUGUCAAGAACGUCUUCAACUUAAUCGUACAAAUCGUUUCUUAUCCUAUGGAAUAUUAAGUAAGAAUGAUCAUUUAACUAUUGUCUUACCAACAUGGCAAAAAUAUUUAAACGAUAAUGUACCUGAAACAUUUUUACCUAAUCCAACAACUACACUCAUUUUAUUUGAUGGAAUGGAAGUAAAUGAAGAUGAAGCAUUAAAACAAAAACAAGAACGAAUUGAAACUUAUGUAUAUCAUUGGCGAUGGUCAUAUUCUUCGAUUCUUAAUACUGAACAUCUAUUAAGUUUAGUAACAAUGGUUUAUAUAUUAAUGAAUUGUGAUCGUUGGAUUAGUAAUCUAUCAAAUGAUCAGAAUGACCAAGCACUUUUAGCACAACGAGAAGGUUGGAGUAGAUUAUUGCAAUUUUAUUGUUCAGAUAUGCUUGAACAAUGUCAAACAAAAGUUUUUCAAUCAUUAUCAAUAGAAAUUUUAUGUUCACAUUGGCAAGAUUUAUGUUUAGAAUUACGUGAUGCUUCGAGAAAAUUAUUAGAAAAAGAACUUGAUCAUUUACAUAAAAAUCAGGAUGCAUGGCAUAUUUUUAUUUCUAAAUGGUCGAAUCUAUUUAAUCAAUCAUAUAAUAAAGAAACUGAUGGAGCUUUAUAUGAUCAAGAUAUUCGAGAUAUAUUUCUUGAUGAUAUUACUUUUAAUAAUGAAACAACAACUACAACAGCUAAUCAACAAUAUAAAACACAACAAUUAUUAUCUAUUAUUCUUAUCGGUAUUGUUGGUGCACGAUAUGGACAAGAAGUUGAACAAUCAAAACAAGCAAAUACAUUAAUUAAAGGAUUUACUGUUGAUAGUCCUGAAAUGAUUUUAAAAUUGAGUCGUGUUCUAACAAGUCUUUUAUCUCCAUCGAAUUUCGAUCAUAUUCCAUUACAUAGUUUUAUUCGUCGAACAGCGAUUGAUUUAAUUGGUCGUGGUUAUACAAUAUGGGAACCUUAUAUAGAUAUUGGACAAGUAUUAUUAACAUUACUUGAUUUAUGUGCUAUUAGUGAUAGUUCAACAGUAACAAGCAAUGUUCUAAGUGGAAUAUUAACACCUAAAAGUGAUACAUGUUUAACAGCACGAACUGCAUUAACAUUAAUUGCAACAUCUCGUUCAAAUGUGGUUAUUAUAACACUUGCACGUGAAAUUGCUAAACAUGCGCUGGUACAAUCAGGAACAGCAUCAUCGUCAACAGCACGUACAGUAACACCAUCACAAACAUCAAUAACAAUUAAAAAUGAACAAAAAAAUGAUAUACUUCGUCUUAUCAAAAUUCUUAUUGAAAAAUGUCCACAUGAUGUUGCAGACUUAAUUCUUGAAGUUACAGAUAUUACUUUAAAUUGUAUUGAUUUAAGUACUCUUCGACAUAAAGGUGUUCAAGCUGUACCAGAAACAUUUGGAUUAUUAUUAAGAUAUCCGAUGGUGACCUUUUGUCAUGAAUCACCAAAAUUAUGUGUUGGUACUAAAACUGGUGUUCUUGCUUUAUAUGAUUUAAAAACACCAAAAUAUCAACCAUUUCAAGCUCAUCCAAAAAAUGAAACAAUUACAUGUAUAGAAUUUUCACCGGAUGGAAAAUAUCUUGCUUCAUAUUCCGCUUCCGCAGAAAUAUUAUAUUUUUGGCAAACAUCGGCAAAUACAUUUUUUGGUUCAUCAAAUACGAUUCAUCUUGUAUCGAGACAUGCCGCUCAACAACGUGAUCGUUCAAUUUCACCACCAACGAAAAAAGUUGAUCUUAAUUGGACUGAUCGUACGACUGUUCGAAUGUAUUGGCAUGCUGAUAAGAGCGAAAAGAAAUUUACAGUAUAA